GGAAGAGGCGGUGGCGGCGGCAGGAAGGGCCAGAGCGGCGUCUCCGGCCGCGGGUGUCCACUCGGUGGUCUGUCCGACAGCUCCCGGCCCCCGGACGGAGGACGCAGUCCUUAACGGCCCCCGUAGUCCCGGGCGCUGGCCCGGGCGAACCGCCGCCUCCGCCCGCGGGACGGGCGCGGAGCGGGAUGUAGGGCGCUGGGCGCGGAGGCCGCGGGCGCGGCAGGGGUAGCGCCUAGGGCGCGCCGAGGAUGGAGAGAGCGAUGGAGCAGCUCAAUCGCCUGACGCGCUCGCUGCGCCGCGCGCGCACCGUAGAGCUGCCGGACGAUAAUGAAACUGCUGUUUAUACAUUAAUGCCAAUGGUUAUGGCUGAUCAACACAGGUCUGUUUCUGAACUACUAUCAAAUUCAAAGUUUGAUGUCAAUUAUGCAUUUGGACGUGUGAAAAGAAGCUUGCUUCACAUUGCAGCAAAUUGUGGAUCGGUGGAAUGCUUGGUUCUGCUUUUAAAGAAAGGAGCAAAUCCUAACUAUCAAGAUAUUUCAGGCUGUACACCCCUUCAUUUGGCAGCUAGAAAUGGGCAGAAGAAAUGCAUGAGUAAAUUAUUAGAAUACAAUGCUGAUGUCAACAUUUGUAAUAAUGAAGGCCUUACAGCAAUACACUGGCUGGCUGUGAAUGGGCGGACAGAACUACUCCAUGACCUUGUACAGCAUGUCAGUGAUGUCGAUGUUGAGGAUGCGAUGGGGCAGACAGCGCUGCAUGUGGCCUGCCAGAACGGUCACAAGACGAGCACAGGCUCCGGAUGCACAGCCUCAGCGGCCAUGGCUCACGGGCCCGGGCGCUUCGCGGCAUGUGGGAUCUUCCCGGACCGGGGCAUGAACCCAUGUCCCCUGCAUCGGCAGGCGGACUCUCAACCACUGCGCCACCAGACAGUGCAAUGCUUGCUAGACAGUGGUGCUGAUAUUAACAGGCCGAAUGUAUCAGGAGCCACUCCAUUGUACUUUGCUUGCAGUCAUGGUCAGAGAGACACAGCACAGAUUCUUCUGUUGCGAGGAGCCAAAUAUCUGCCGGAUAAAAAUGGAGUAAGCCCUUUGGAUUUAUGUGUGCAGGGUGGAUAUGGAGAGACUUGUGAAGUAUUAAUUCAGUAUCACCCUAGGCUUUUCCAGACAAUUAUUCAAAUGACACAGAAUGAAGAUCUCCGAGAAAACAUGUUACGGCAAGUUCUGGAGCAUUUAUCUCAGCAAAGUGAGAACCAGUAUUUAAAGAUUCUAACAAGCCUUGCUGAAGUUGCCACGACAAAUGGUCAUAAGUUGCUGAGCAUAUCUAGUAAUUAUGAUGCUCAAAUGAAGAGCCUUUUAAGGAUUGUGAGGAUAUUUUGUCAUGUCUUUCGAAUUGGUCCAUCAUCUCCCAGUAAUGGAAUCGAUAUGGGCUACAAUGGGAAUAAAACUCCAAGAAGCCAGGUGUUCAAGCCUCUUGAAUUGCUUUGGCACUCAUUAGAUGAAUGGCUAGUUUUAAUAGCUACAGAAUUAAUGAAAAACAAAAAGGACUCAACGGAUAUCACUUCUAUUUUACUGAAACAAAAAGGCCAAGAUCAAGAUGGUACUUCCAUUCCUGCAUUUGAACCUCCAGGACCUGGGAGCUAUGAAAAUCUAUCCACUGGCACAGGGGAAUCUAAACCAGAUGCUCUUGGAGGGAAACAGGAAGCCAGUGCAGACUGCCAGGAUGUUAUUUCUAUGACAGCUAACCGGCUAAGUGCUGUCAUUCAAGCUUUUUACAUGUGCUGUUCUUGUCAGAUGCCUCCAGGAAUGACUUCACCCCGUUUCAUUGAAUUUGUCUGCAAACAUGAUGAAGUUUUAAAAUGCUUUGUUAACAGGAAUCCCAAGAUUAUAUUUGACCACUUUCACUUCCUCCUUGAAUGUCCUGAACUGAUGUCAAGAUUCAUGCAUAUCAUAAAAGCACAGCCAUUUAAAGAUCGCUGUGAAUGGUUCUAUGAACAUUUGCAUUCAGGACAGCCAGAUUCAGACAUGGUGCACAGGCCAGUGAAUGAAAAUGAUAUCCUGCUAGUUCACAGAGAUUCCAUUUUUAGGAGUAGCUGUGAAGUUGUGUCAAAAGCAAAUUGUGCAAAGCUAAAGCAAGGAAUUGCUGUACGGUUCCAUGGGGAAGAAGGCAUGGGUCAAGGUGUUGUGCGUGAGUGGUUUGAUAUUCUGUCUAAUGAGAUAGUCAAUCCUGAUUAUGCAUUGUUUACCCAGUCAGCUGAUGGAACAACUUUUCAACCUAAUAGCAACUCCUAUGUAAAUCCCGAUCACUUGAACUAUUUCCGGUUUGCUGGACAGAUCUUGGGAUUAGCUCUGAACCAUAGGCAGCUGGUGAACAUUUACUUCACGAGAUCAUUCUACAAGCACAUUCUUGGUAUUCCUGUGAAUUACCAAGAUGUGGCAUCCAUUGAUCCAGAAUAUGCCAAAAAUUUGCAGUGGAUUUUAGAUAAUGAUAUUAGUGAUUUGGGUCUAGAACUAACUUUUUCUGUUGAGACUGAUGUGUUUGGAGCAAUGGAAGAGGUGCCUUUGAAACCUGGGGGUGGAAGUAUUCUUGUAACACAAAAUAACAAAGCGGAGUAUGUCCAGCUUGUCACUGAACUUCGAAUGACAAGAGCCAUUCAGCCUCAGAUUAAUGCUUUUUUACAGGGCUUUCAUAUGUUCAUUCCACCUUCCCUCAUACAACUUUUUGAUGAAUAUGAAUUGGAGCUACUGCUUUCUGGCAUGCCAGAAAUUGAUGUGAGUGAUUGGAUAAAAAAUACUGAAUACACAAGUGGCUAUGAAAGAGAAGAUCCAGUUAUUCAGUGGUUCUGGGAAGUUGUGGAAGAUAUUACUCCAGAGGAGAGAGUUCUUCUGUUGCAGUUUGUUACUGGCAGUUCCAGGGUCCCACAUGGUGGAUUUGCUAAUAUCAUGGGUGGAAGUGGAUUGCAGAACUUUACAAUUGCUGCUGUGCCAUAUACUCCAAAUCUUCUACCGACUUCAAGCACAUGCAUCAACAUGCUCAAGUUACCUGAAUACCCAAGUAAAGAAAUACUCAAGGACAGGCUUCUUGUGGCACUACAUUGUGGCAGCUAUGGUUACACAAUGGCAUAAUGAAGUCUGGAAAAUUCAUCUGACUGCUGAUGUGCAGUGCAGAGUCGCAGAAGUAAUUUAGGAAACCGUCAACAGAAAAGCAGCCUAAAUGCAGCCCACAGGCAGGGCUGAUAUUUAAAAUUCAUAAAGGAUCAGGUUUUCUUUCUUCCCCGUCUCUUUUCCCUUUUAUGUUUUCUCAGUUUGUGAUACAAUUAGAACAUAUAAAUCACAGUAGUCUUCAUUUAAAAAAUGCUAAUUGAAAAUAGUAGAAACUCCUUUUUCAUAUUUCUUUAAUAUUAUCCAAGAGUGUGUUAGGGCAGAAUCUUAUUCUACAUUCCAUGUUUGCUAUGUAACUGUUCUGUUAAAAAGGUGUUGUCUCCUUUAUUUUUCUAUAUAGUAAAUUAAUUAGGACAUCCAGCUUGGUAUGUCCUAUUGCAUGUAAAGUGCCGUUUAUAUUUUGGAAAACUGUUGUAUAGAAUGGAUUAAUUUACAUUGUGUAUAAAGCCACAAAUAUGUAUUUUCCCAUAUUGAAUCUAUAUUGCAGUGAUGUUUUCUAGCCUUUCAGUAUUUUAAUAUGUAAAGUUUAGACUGAUGUGACUAAUAAACAGCUGAUGCAGUGACAUCUAAUUUAUAUAUUAAAGCUUAUGCUAUAUUGUAUGAAUUAUUUGCAUCUUUCAGUGGUCAGUUUUUCACAUACAUAUAUUGUCUCAAAGUUUUUCUUAUGCCUUAUUUUAAUUUAUAUUUUAGAUAAAAUUAAAAUACGAUAUUUUACUGGGUUUCUUUUUGUUACUGUUGUUUUAUCUGUGAGCUCUAAUGAUACAUUUGAAAACGUAAUCUGAUGUGCAGAUUACAGUUUAAGUUUGUAAUUUAAUUUAAUUUUUCCGUAAACUUUCUUUUUAUUAUUAGAAUGUUGAGUUCAAGUGAUGUAUAUGUAAUACAAAGCAGUGGGUUUAAUUUUAGGGUGUCUUUUUUUUUUUUUUUUUUUUUGGCGGUGCACGGGCCUCUCACUGCCAUGGCCUCUCAUUGCCGUGGCCUCUCCCGCUGCGGAGCACAGGCUCCAGACGCGCAGGCCCAGGGCUAUGGCUCACGGGCCCAGCCGCUCCGCGGCAUGUGGGAUCUUCCUGGACUGGGGCACGAACCCGUGUCCCCUGCAUCAGCAGGCGGACUCUCAACCACUGCACCACCAGGGAAGCCUCUAGGGUGUCUUGGAAAAGACACAGUUGAGUAGUUACAGCAUACCUUUUAGGGGAAGUAGGAACACUCAGACAUUUAAAAAUACUAACAGGGGAAUUUGUAAUGUUUAGGACCUUGCCUUUGGAAACUAAAAAUAGAUUAUCCAGUGGCAUCAUUAUUGGUAAAAUGACUCUUAUAUGCAUAUUUUCUCAUAUGAGCAGCCACUGUGUUUGUCACUGACAAAUGUAGACAAUGUAUAUAUGUCAAUAUAGGCAAAUAUGUAUUGUAUAUACAUGUAUUUAGGCAUAUAUGUUGAAAGCUUUGCUAAGUCAUAAAACUUCUUUAAUACAUGUUUUUUGGUCUUC